UAUCUACUGCUCCUCAGAUGAACUCUCUCAGCACUGUUGCAUGCAAUUCCAACCCUCAUCGCCUCACCACCACACAUCGCUAUAUCUGCUUCCCUUAUAAAUUCCGCUCUUCUAGGUUGAAGACCGCCAUGUUUUCUUGCCAUGCAAGCGUAAAAAUUACACAAUGCGAUGGCUCCUCCUGUGGCGUUGAUGAUCAUGCCGCAGCGCAAUCGCCCCGAAAGCUCACGAACAGCAUGCGCAAAUUCUACGAACAAGGUGUGAAGGGUCUUGAUGUCUGCACCGAGUCUCCUCCUGCGCCUGCUAUCAAUAAGCGCAAGAGGCGGUUUGUCGCUGGAUCUGAUUCGGAUGACAGUGGUCGGCCGCGUAAGAGAGCACGCUCAAGCACAACAAGUAGCACGGGACAGACGGAUGAGAUAGAGUCGGACAUCGCCACACCUGCUUCCAACCUCGUGCUGGCUGCUGUCACAUUUCAUAUCGACGAGCCAGGGCAGAUACAGCAUCACGAUCCUGCUUGCGUCCUUCCAGUGAGCCUCGACGACAAUAUAUAUCUACAACUUGGAACAGAGGGCUCCAGUCGCAGGUCUGCUGGCCGUCGUAGAAUGACUCCUGCACACGCGACCGAGCACGUCGAACUCGAUUUCGACUUCUCCAUCUCGAUCCCGCGCAGCACCGCAGAUGCUCCUUGCUCGUCAGAACUCAGAAUCUAUGGUAGUCACGUAGAAACACAUGUCGAUGCAUAUGAGGUAUUGAAAGAUGUCCAGGUAUGCUUGAAACGCUCGCGAAAGGGAAGAUCGAAUCGGGUUGGGACACAGUGCACACUCUUGCCACCAAGCACGACACGCCGAACGUGGGAUCUAGUCAUCAGCCUUACGUGGGAGCUCCAGCGGCCUGGUAUCGAGGAUGAGCGGACGGAUGACAUUCUGUGGGGGCUGUCUUGCUUGAAGAAGUAUACCUGCAUCGAUGGAGUAGAUGCAGCGUCUGGCUCUGCAGCAGCAAACGUAUCAGGAAGUCUGACAUGGAAGCCAGAAGAUUUCUACAAUUACGUGCACACAACUUCGCCGGAUGAUGAGGUUUCCUCUAAAAUACAGACGAAGAUGCUCGAAAGUGAACUGUAUCCCUUUCAGCGAAGAGCAGUAAAUUGGCUUCUACGACGAGAAGGUGUUGGCUUUAGCAACGGGGAACUCGUACCGCUGCAGCCUCAAUACUCGAGGGACAAUUUACCUCCUUCUUUCACCAAGAUGCGUGCGAAACAUGGGGUGGAUACACGUGAUGUGUACGUCAGCAAGGAAAUGGCAAUGGUAACGCUCGACCCGGCAGCCUGUCGUAUACCUCAAGAGGUGAAGGGUGGCAUACUGGCCGAGGAGAUGGGUCUCGGCAAGACUGUUGAGCUGGUCGCACUCAUUGCACUUCACAAGAGAGCCCAAAGCGGCAAGCAAUGGGACGCAUACAGUAUGACAGAAGUGACACGUUCCGGCGCAACACUGAUAGUCACUCCGUCCUCGCUCAUACAGCAGUGGAAGUCGGAAAUCAACAGACAUGCGCCAUCACUCAGGGUGCACGAAUUCAAAGGCACGACGACUGCGUCUCACGCACCAAAGGCCAGAUACGCUGCCGCAUCGACGGAAACUCUGUUGAAGUUCGACAUCGUGCUGACCACCUACGCCGUGCUUCGGCGAGAGGUGCACUUCGCACGCCCGCCGCCGGAUCGGAGCACGCGGCACGGCACAGCAAAGGAGGCGCGGCGCAGAAGUCCGCUGGUCGAGAUCCACUGGUGGAGGGUCUGUCUAGACGAAGCGCAGAUGGUAGAGAACGGGGUGAGCAAGGCGGCAGAAGUUGCGCGUCUGAUCCCGCGUGUAAACGCCUGGGCAGUCUCGGGCACGCCGCUGCGCAAGAAUGUGCAGGAUCUGCGCGGCCUGCUGGCGUUCCUGCGCUACGAGCCGUAUUGCAGGCACGAGAAGCUGUUUUCGGGCAUGGAGAGGCGGGUGUUUAGAGAGCUUUUUGGCAGGAUCGCGCUGCGGCAUACGAAGGCCGGUGUGCGACAUGAGCUCUCGCUACCUCCGCAGAAGCGUGUCGUCAUAACGGUGCCGUUCACGCCGGUCGAGGAGCAGAACUAUGCCAAUCUCUUCGCCGAGAUGUGUGGCGCCAUUCAGAUGACGCCCGAGGGCAACCCGGCCGUCGAUGACUGGGAUCCCAAAGACUAUACCGAGCAGAUGAGGCGGUAUCUCAUUCGGCUGCGGCAAACAUGCCUACACCCGCAAGUAGGGGGUCGAAAUCGCAAAGCACUCGGACGCAGGAACGUCCCGUUGCGGACGGUGGCAGACGUGCUGGAAGUCAUGAUUGGGCAGAAUGAGACGUCCAUUCGCAAUGCAGAGUGCGAUUUUAUCGCCGAAACACUGACUCGUGGGCAUAUUUACGCGCACGCAAAGGAUAUACCUCAUCGAGCAAAGAAGGCACUCGAGAUAUAUGAUAAUGCGCUCCAACUAGCUAACGAGUUUGUCGAAGACUGUCGACGGGAGCUUGUCGAGGAGAUGGCAAAAGCAAAGGCCAAGGCGAAAGCAGGGUCGGAGGACAAAGAGCACGAGGAAGAUUCGCAGGACGAAGAGGGCAAGGACGAGGAACAGGCCGAGAAGGAUGAUCGGGUUCGUGCAGGCAGGAAUAUACUACGGCGGGCACUGGAAGCGCAGCAUGCUUGCUUGUUUUACACUGGAACGGCGUACUAUCAAAUGAAGUCCAACGCAGACAUAGUUGAGCCCGAGAGCGAAGAAUUCCAGCGACUGGAGAAGCUCGAGACUGAGUUUUACGACAGGGCCAAAGUGGUACGGAAGGAGCUUCUGCAGGAAAACCGCACCAGAGCCGAAAAGAGCAUGGCAAUACUCAACAGGAAGGUCAAAAAUCAGGGUCUUGCUCCUCUACAGCCGCUGCAAGAUAUCGACGAUGUCGGGGGGAUUGAAAACAGGAAAACACUGGAGCGGAUAGACCAGCUCAUAGACACACUCAACGAGCAGGGCGAAUUGCUCUCCAAAUGGCGCGCCAAGGCUGUAGACAUCCUACAGCUUCCUCUGGUUGACACGGAUGAGACGGAGACUACAGGAGACGAAUAUGAGAAUUCAACUAAGCAGCAGGACGACCUUGUCAUUUACAUGACGGCUCUCCGCGCCAUCCAAGCCGACCGACAUUUCACUCUCACCGGACAGGAGAACUUUCGAGUCGACGACGAGAUCAGGACGGCGAUACGGCAAGCCAGGAAUGGGGAAGGUCAUGCGCCGCAGCUGAUGCUGCAGCUGAUGGAACGGAGAAACGCGCUCAAAUCGAAGCCGAUGGAUCCAAAUCUGAGAGGGGUCCUUUGCGAACUACGACAUCUUGAGACCAGCAUUCAGUGGCAAGUUGAAAUGGGUAGACCGCGAGCAGCCAUGGAGCUUAGUAUUAUUCAGCAACAAAUGAAGCGGCUACAAGGUAUCCAGAGUACGGAGACGAAGACAUUGAGUUCGUUGGAGUUGGAGCAUAACCAAUACCACCAGACAAUGAAUCGACGUAUCGCUUUUUACGCGCAGCUACAGCAGAUUAGUGACACAGUCGCUCCGUACAAGGAGGAAAUGGACGAAAGGCUCGACCGGCAAGCGCUUGGAGAACACGAGAAAAAGGAAGAAAAGAUUACUAAACAGCUUGCAAGUCUGAGGACUCGUCGUCGAUUUCUGCAUCAUUUGAAACAUGAAUCGAACACCGAGGAUGGGCCAAGGAGUUGCGCGAUAUGCACGGGGCUAAUAGAGAUUGGCUCCCUGACAUCCUGUGGGCAUGUUUUCUGCAAGGAGUGUUUGCGGAUGUGGUACAGAAGUCAUAGGAGCUGUCCGCAAUGCCGGAAGCACCUGACAAUUGAAGACUUUCAAGACAUCACAUAUCGUCCACAAGAACUACAGGCUAUACAGGAGGACAUGGGACAGUUGGAGCAGGCAUCGUCGUCAGCGAGCGGCACGCCAAUGUCGAACCUGUCAUCACUAUACUCGGACAUGUCUGGCACGACGAUGCAAGAAAUCAAGGGCGUGGAGCUGAAUGGGUCGUAUGGCACCAAAAUUGACACCAUGUCGAGGCAUGUUCUCUGGCUUCGACAGAACGAUCCCGGCUCCAAGUGCAUCAUAUUCUCGCAGUACAGCGACUUUUUGGGUGUGUUGGCGGAAGCGUUUACCAAGUUCAAGAUUGGACAUACGAGCAUCACGGCUAGGGACGGGAUCGAGAAGUUCAAGAACAGUGCGAGCGUGGAGUGCUUCCUGCUGGACGCGAAGAGCAAUGCAAGCGGGCUGAACCUGACGAAUGCGACACACGUGUUUCUGGCAGAGCCAAUGAUCAACUCUGCGCUGGAGCUCCAGGCGAUAGCACGAGUGCACCGCAUCGGACAGCAGCGCGAGACGGCCGUGUACAUGUACCUGGUCAGCGACACGGUGGAGGAAGCAAUCUACGACAUCAGCGUGAAUCGACGGAUCAAGCAUAUGGGCAGCCAGAGCAGCACCGUCACGUCACGGGUGGUGUCGCGCGCGGCGACUCCUGGGGCGGCAGCGCAGGAAAAGGCCAUGGAUGACGCGAACAACAGGGAGAUUGAGAGGGCGCCGCUGUCGAUGCUGCUGGACAAGAAGAAGGGCCGGGGCGAGUUUGUUGACGAGGGUGAUUUGUGGAAUUGUCUGUUCAGCCAGGCCCAGCGCAGGCCGGUGUCGCCAGACCUCCAGCGGACGGUGGAUCGUCAUCUGCGAGCUGAGGCGGCGCAGCAGAGGUUGUUGCAAGGCUCGGACGAGUCAGAUGGCAUCAAUCCGUGAGCUGCCGGACCAGGAACUUACUGGUAUGGCCGCCCUUGUUUCAUACGAAGGCAGCAUCUGGUAGA